CUCUGUGUAAAGGAGACAAGUGAGAAUGAAUGGGCUGCAUGGUAUCGCCGAGCCGAACGUUAUUGACGAUGAAAUGCUGAGAAGAGCCGUGGAGGAGCAGGGCCCCAGCGAGGAAGCCGGACGCAUUGCCAAGGCAGAGGGCAUCGAUUUCAAGGAUGUCGCCAGCUUGCGCCUCGAUUUCAGACACAUUCUGAAGAUCGAUAAUCUCUGGCAGUUUCACAACCUGACCAAACUGCAGCUGGACAACAACCUCAUCGAGAAGAUCGGCGGGUUGGAUACGCUGGUGAAUCUCGUGUGGCUCGACUUGUCAUUUAAUCACAUCGAGGUGAUCGAGGGGCUGGGCGCUCUGACAAAGCUGGAGGAUCUCUGUCUGUGUAAUAACGGCAUCUCCGUUCUCGAGAACAUGGACGCCCUGAACAAUCUGCAGAUCUUAUCAAUGGGGAAUAAUAAUCUGGCGUCCCUGGACAAUCUCGUCUACCUGCGCAGGUUCCAGGAUUUGCGGUCGUUGAGUCUGGCGGGGAAUCCGAUGUGCGAGGAUGAGAACUAUAAAUUGUUUGUUGGUGCUCAUCUCCCAAACCUGGUGUAUCUGGACUUCCGGCUUCUAGAUGAGAAUAUCAGAGACAUAGCCAAUGUGAAGUACCAAUACUCCAUUGAGGAACUGAAUCAUAAUGAGACUUUGGAGAGAGUGAAGAGGGAAAAAGAAGAACAGAGUCAGCAAGAGCUGGAUAAGCACAAGGUCGCCUAUGUGGAAUACCUGAAUGGCCCCUUCCUGUUCGAGGGCAUGUAUGCAGAGGAUGUGGAUGGAACUCGCUUGUCUACCUUGCCUGGUGUGGAUGAACUGGUGGACUCAUACAGGACGAAGUGUACCGAGGUCUGCCAGGCUAUAUUCGAUUAUGGCCUCAAACACUAUGAGAACAGGGAAGCCGAAAUGGUUAUCUUUAACCAAUGUCAGCAGGAGGCCGUGGCAGAAAACCAGGAGGCCGGUGCCAAGAAAAUUAAUGAAUUUCAAAUGAAGAACGAUGAGCUGUUUGAUGAGCUUUCGCAGAUCACAGACCAGCAGAUCGUAGACACUAAAACAUUGCAGUAUAGUCAGGACGUCACCCAGCUCAUGGACUCCCUACUGACCCUGGAGCUUCAGCUGGUGGACCAACUAGAAGAGAUAAUUAAAGAAUAUGAAAGGAAUAUCUCUGAACUGGUGUCAACAUUUCUGGAAACUGUGCAAGGACUAAUGGCUCAGAUCAGAGACUUGGAGAACCACCACCAUGAAAAGCUCCUGGAAUUCUCUAUUAAUAUGCUGGAGAGAGUACUGAAGGGGGAGAUGGAUGAAGAGAUGAGCGAUGAGGUUCGAGCGCUGUUUGUGGACAAAGACACCAUCAUCAAUGCAGUCAGCGCGUCUCAUGACAUACACCUACUGAAGAUCGAUAACCGAGAAGAUGAACUGGUCUCUGUGAGAAUCUUGCAAUGGUGUGCUUUCAUGUUUGAACAGGUUCACAGAGAAGAACAGCAAAGGAACCGGAAGCGGGUCGCAGAGAUCAACAUGUACAUUGAUUACCUGCGGGACGAGCUUGACAACCUUGAUGUCCAUGAACAGAUAUGACUGUCCCGUGUCUGAACGCAGCUGAGACUUUC